CAAAUUAGGUUGAUUUAGUCAAUCCAAAACAUUAUUAUUUUGAUUAUUUUUUUUGAAAAAUCAAAUCAAGUCAAGUUUAGUAACGAUGGUUAAUAUUGAUUUGUUUAGAAAAUAGCAAGAAUGCUUAAUUACUCAUGUAUUAAGCAAACAAAAGGAACCUUCCAACGAAAAUGGGAGCCUAUAUAUAGAUAGAGCUUUAUAAGGAAUAUACAGAUACAGGCUAUCCGAGGAGUCAGCAGGCAUCAGCAAAGUCAAUAACAGCCAUGCAUGCCAAAAAAGCAAACAGCCUUCCAUAAGAAAGACUUGUUAAAACCUUCCUAAAUUUAGUAUUUCAAUAAUGGUCCAAUCGUCUUCAUCCCUACACCGAAAACUUCGAUCAGUUUUUCGUUUUUUGGUUAAUGGCCAUCGAAUUAGAUUUGAAGCUUCAAUUUGUCAUCAGCUCCUACAAAGGCUUUUAUCGUCCCCAAAUUAAUCCUAUAUGUAUGUCUACUUGAUCAAAUGUCAAACAACAAAAUGAAGGGCCUAUUAAAAGGCUUAAGAUACAUCUCUCAAAUAUUCGACAAUGAUGAGGAAGAGCCUGAAAUGCAGAUUGGUUUCCCCACAGAUGUAAAACAUGUUGCCCACAUAGGAUGGGAUGGUCCCUCUGUAAAUUCACCAAGCUGGAUGAACGAGUUUCAAUCUCAACCAGAAUAUUCAUCAGCUCCCUCAAGUCUCAACAGAGACGCGAAGGAGGAAGGUUCUGCAAAAUGGGUAUCUGAAGCAGGUUCAAAUCGAAAAGGUUCGCAGGCACCGAAUUCUCCAGCAGGGGCGCCUAGUUCUCCAGCAGGGUCGCAUAGUUCCCCAACUCAGGACUUGCCAGAAUUGCCGAAAUCAUCUAGACGGCGUUCAUCAUCUGGUACAUCAGCUGAAUCUCCAAGCAGAGAAAAAUCAGAUAAACCUAAACAAUCUAGGCGGUCUUCACGAAAUGGCACCAAAGAAUUGGAUGGUACUAGAACAAGUCGGAAUCAUAAGGAUCCUAGUGGAGAAAGCGAGUCACCCUCAAAUUUACAUGACAUACCGAAGAAAUCUCGGAGGAAGAAGUCGAAAGAUGCCUCUGUUGAGGGGUCAACUUCAAGAUCGAGAGCUAAAGCCCCAGCUCAAGAGGGGGGUGGGGAGUCAGAAAUGAUUACCAAAUCUAGUAACAGUAAUGAGCAACGUCAAACCAGAGGUUCAAGUCCUUCACGAGAUGUUGAGGAGAGUGGAUUGAGUGGAAUUUCUUGAUCAUAUUGUAAUAUUAAUAUUCUUAUUCUUACACUGGGUAGCCACUAGAAUCUUUAGUUGAAACCAAACCAAACAGAGUUCAUUUCCUUUUGGUCUUGAUCGUUCGACCCUUGUAUGAUCCCUAUGGUACAUAAAUCACUUGUGAGAACUGAAUUUUUUUCCUUAA